UCACCACCGCUGACCCCGUGCUCUGGAAACAAACAACCUGGCGUUACGUGUAUAUAGUGGCAUCGUUGUAACCCUGUAAGCAUUCUCCCGGCACCGACCGCCGUUGUUGUGUCACUGUGUCUCCGAACGACUAUAUGCACGCCUAUUCCCCAUUGGCGUUGCGAUGUGCUAGCGUUGUGUCGCGCUAUCUGUUGCUGCGGUAACAACCGUGUCAAAAUCUAUACAGUUGGCAUGUGAGAUCGAACCUGUAAGCGACAAGCUGCUGCCCGCUGUGCGUGUGUUUGUGUUUGCUCUCUGAUGCCUAGGGCUCAUGACGUACGUACGGCGAUAGACUUACCUGCGAGCAUACCUGGCGUGGCUAUAUACCUGUGGCUAUAAUAAUCCUAUAUACACAUACCUGACAUGCGUCGCAGAACUGGGGCGGAAUAGUGAUGACAGCGGUGUGACUACCCACCAUCAGCAGGUGCACACGCACUCGAGUGCGAAUAGACGCAGCGCAGCUCAGCGAUACCUCGCCCACGACGCAGCUGUGCCGCUGAUCGUCUAUGCAUAACCGUUUCCUGGCGUUCAAGCGAGACCCAGCAUUACAGCUACUGCGACUUUUCACCGAAAGAGCCCCAAUUUAGGUGUAUUAUCCGCGACAGGUCGCGGUGGCGCGUACCAGCGAGAGAAAAGCAAAUUCGCUUGUGAGAAGACUCCAUUGUAGACGGCAGUUCAUGCGCGCACACACGGAGAGAGACACAAACACUCGCGCUCACACAGAGAUCGAAUCUCGAGUGGCUCGACCCGUGCGUCUAUAGGUACAAACUACGAGGUUCUCAGUGGGUUUUACUUUGUUCCGCACGCGCGGUGACGUGCCUAGCAUGGCGGACUCCCAAGUCACGAUCGACGCCGCAUCGCGUGGUUCCGCUGGCAAUGAGAAGAAAGACAAUUCGCCGCUAAAACUAUUAAAGAAGCUUGCAUUGAAAGAGAAGGAGACGAGCAAGAAGACAGUGCCCGACGAGGAGAACGCUGUUGUCGUGAAAAAACCAACGCGUCCGCUCCCGCCGGAAGUGAUGGUCGACUCACUUCCGCAGCUUUUCCACGUUCGCUAUCUCGGCUGGCGACCGACGCAGGGACUAUGGGGCGUCGGCCACACACGCAAACCUGUCGACGAACUCAUCGACGCUACGCGCAAACACAAGGAGGGCGAUACGCUACCCGAACUCCAGCUGCACGUCUCGGAUAAGGGCGUGCACUCGACGGAGGUCCCCGAAAACAGGAACAAAAACUUCGCGAGCGGCCUCCGUUGCAUCGACUCGAUAUCGUACGGUGUGCAGGAUGUCCGAUACACGCGCGUGUUCGCCAUGAUCGUAGUGCGGACUGACAGCGGCACGGAGCCGAAGUUUGAGUGUCACGCGUACGUGUGUUCGAGUCGAGCCAGUGCUCGUCGCCUGGCCUUCUCUCUGGCGUUGGCGUUCAAGGAGUUCGGCAAACAGUGCGCUAGUAAGAAGUCCAGUAGAGUUACGAAGAAGUUUGCCAUCGAUCUGCGCUCUCCGGAGGAGAUUGAGAACGAUAUGGCGGCCAAUCAAGAGCUGGAUUCAGAAGCUUGAUGUAUAGCUCUGUGAUAUGCUGCCAACAUUAUUUAAGAAAUAACAUUAAAAAUGAUUAAUCUUCCUAUAUGUAUGAGCUCCCGGGUGAAUAUGAAGUACAUUCGUAUUUAGCAGGAUAUAUUCAAGAGCGUAUAAAGAAGGAUAUCUAUCCUUCUUUAUCUGCUCUUGAUAUAUUCUAAUAAAUGUACACUUUUUACACCCUCACAAGCAAAUCCUAUUUUGUAUAAUAAUUAAGCGCUAUCGCCAAUAGGUAUUGAUUCAUUUAUAUUGCACGCAAUAGUGUUUUGUGUACUGCAUGGGUGUGUUCUAAUUCAAAUAUGAAAGCGAGUGAAAAGGGUAUGUGGAACAUAAUGCUUCAUUCUUAACGGUAAUCGCUAUGAGGGAACGUGAGAUGGGUCAUGAAUCAAAGAAGGUUGAUCCAAAGAAAGGUAUGAUUCAAAGAAGGUUGUUUGAUUACAAACCUCGGUGAUGUCAUUUGUAAUUAAUCUACUGUUACGAGUCGUUAUUCGUUUCAGGCAUGCUCGUGCAGCAUAUAGUUUAGAACUUUCCUUUGAUCCUGCCGAUUACAU